CCAGAAAACGAAUCCACCCCUCGCCAGCAGCUCUUGGAGCAUUUCUUGCGCUUGCUUCAGAGGAAAGAUCCGCACGGAUUCUUCGCCUUCCCGGUGACAGACGCCAUUGCUCCAGGAUACUCCAUGAUAAUCAAACAUCCCAUGGACUUCAGCACAAUGAAGGACAAAAUCGACGCAAACGAAUACAAAACUAUCACAGAAUUCAAGGCAGACUUCAAGCUGAUGUGUGACAACGCCAUGGUUUAUAACCGACCGGAGACGGUUUACUACAAAGCUGCCAAGAAGCUUCUCCACACAGGAUUCAAAAUGAUGAGCAAAGCUGCCAUUUUGGGAGAUGACCACAUUGCGCCUGAGGAACCGGUGACGGAGAUCACGCCAAUCCACACGGAGUACCCCAAAAAGUCCAAAAAGCAGCCCGUCAAGGAGCCCAUCAUCAGUGAUCUGUAUGAGCAGGAGGGCAACGCCUGCAGUUCGACGGACAGCACGGCGGAGGAGCAUGUGUUGGCGCUGGUGGAGCACGCGGCGGAUGAAGCACGGGAUCGAAUCAACCGUUUCAUGCCAAGCUCUAAGAUGGGGUACCUCAAAAAGGACUCCGACGGGUCCCUCAACUACACUGUUGUAAAUCAAGAUCCUGAAGCAGAAGAGGAAGAGACUCUUCCUGUAGAUUUGAGCUCUUUGGCGAACAAGCUCAUACCUGGACUGACGUCGCUGGGCUUUAAAGACGACAGGAGACACAAAGUGACGUUCUUGAGCAGCGCGUACAACACUCAGACUCUUCAGAACAACUCCGUCUAUCCUGAUCUACUUCCAGAGGAGAUGGACAUGCUGUACUCGGCUUACGGAGACGAGACCGGGGUCCAGUGCGCUCUCAGUCUGCAGGAGUUUGUUAAGGGUUCUGGAAGUUUUACCAAAAGGCUUGUGGAUGAUUUGCUGGAUAAAAUGACAGCUGGUGAUCAUUCGAAGGCUGUCAUGCAAAUCCGACAGGUAUUAACAUUUCAGUGUUAACAGUCUCUUUUGACAAGAUACUUUUUGUGGU